AUGCACUUAUUACUAACCACAGACCCUGAGAGAGCUAAACUAGAAGAAAUAGGAAAAAAUAUUAUACAAGAACAAAAGAUAGCUGUUCUAACACUUGCUGGAGGAAGUGGGUCCAGGCUAGGAUAUGAGAACCCCAAGGGAACAUUUAUACUUCCAACAAAAGUUGCCCCACAUCUUUCUCUUUUCCAAAGACAGGCAGAGAAAAUAUUCUCGAUUGGUGCCACUUGGAUUAUAAUGGUCUCAUGCGAAACAAUACAGAAAACCGUAGAGAACUUGCAAAAGGUGGUUCUUCCCAAGUAUGGAAGGUCUGUGUUCUUGGUUAUACAAGAAAAUAUAGAUGCGCUUGAUAAAGAUACAAAAGAGCCCCUCCAUGGCGUGGAUGGUUCAGUAAUUAAAGUUCCAAAUGGAAAUGGAUCUGUUUUUAAGACGCUUAAAACAAAGAACUAUAUUGAGCUCACUGAAAGGUCUGCCACUACCCACAGUGAAUCAAUUUUAAAUGUUAUGCCUGCCAUUGAAUAUUUUAAUAUUAUAUCUAUUGACAAUGUUCUUGUUCGCAUAGCUGAUCCUGCUAUGCUAGGGUAUGCCCAGAAGUAUCUUUUUGAGGUGGUGAGUGCUGGUAUUCCAGAAGUGCCAAAUAAGAAAAUGGGUGUGUUUGAGCUUAAUAAUGAAAAAAUUGAGGUAAUUGAGUAUACGUAUGAGAAACAGGAUAGCACUCCGCUGAUUAAUGCAGAUGGAAGUAGACUAGUAAACAUAGCAAAUCAUCUAAUAUCUAAAGAAUUCAUUCAGAGAAUGGACCCCACCGAAAUUCCAUACCAUGAGGCAAUAAAGAAAAUACCACAUGCAAAGGACCCAGCUCCCCUCUCACCAAAUGCCAUCAAGAGAGAGCUUUUUAUAUUUGAUGGAUUCAAAUUGGCAACGUCCCAUGGUGUGAUUGAAUAUGGAGAUAAAUCAUAUGAGGGGCUCAAAAACAAAGAAGGAGAGGCAGAUAGCAUACAGACAUGUGCUGAUGCAUUGGACCAGGCAGAAUAAAUGCCCCGUUCUUUUGUUUUGGCAUUUUCGGGUUAUAUAUUCUAUAGAAAUAUUCAAUAAAAAUCAUUUAGCC